GAAGCCAAAAAAGCUCUGUUUCUGUGGUAAGAACUUACCCAGAUGAUCAACGCUUCUUCUGCAUCAUUGGGCCCACAGAGCAAGCACACCAGAGGCUUUAGCUCUACUAACAUGAAUGGAGAUGAAAUUAUUUAAUUUAUGACUCUUCUAGACUUUACAAAUGUUAUUGGACUGAAUGCAUUAAAUUCUGAUAGUGAAAUGAAUCCUUUUGUGGGGAUUGUGAUGCACAAAAAGUGCAUCGACUGAUUUCCAGGCGUCUCUAAGUAUAUGAGAAAAAUUAUUUUUGGGCCCGGUGGUAUCACAUGACAUGCUCAGGAGUUGUAAUUCCACUGUUUGGCGUACGAAAACUUCCUGGGGGCCUAAGCGGGUUCCCUUCCACUCAGUCUGCCAUGCUGUUUCUACAAUAGCCCACAAUGGACGAACCAAACACUGGCUCUAGAUAGGGACGUUCACACUGGCUACCCUAGUUCUUCAAAGUUGGCAUAGGGGGGAAGUUUUAGUUCUACAACCUCAAUGCUAGACGGCACUAAAUCCUACACACUGGACCUUUAAUAGAUCAUGAGAGUAUCACAGGCAUAAAUUCUGGAAGUGUCUGACCCAGCAGCUAAUACAUUGUUCUCCAGAGGGAAAGCACAGGUGUAUUUGAUAACACUAAUGAUGGCUGUGUUACAUUUAGAUGAGGUCAUAGUAUUGUGUUGGCUCACUGGAAUUGCUCAGUGGGCCACUUAAAGGACCUGAGAUGUGUGCUGAAGUAGGCUGUGAAGGCUCAGUCGAUGAGGGCCCAGUGUGCAGGUGCAGAAGAAUAUGCUGGAUGUGUAAAUCAGCAACUAUUUUGCUAACUGGUGCAACAGAGCCAACAGGAGAGCCAGGGCCAUGUCAGGUGACAGGUCUCUCCAGCUUCUCUCAAGCCAUUUUCCCUUCAGCUGGAGCUGUUGUGUCCAAACUGAGCAAAACUUCCCUCAUCUGUACAAGUUUGGAAGCACUGACAACAUGGCAACCCUGAAAGACUUUGAUGAAACCCAGGAAGAUGAGAGUGUCAGCCCUGCAGGAGCGAGGGUCCUUAACCUGAGGUAUGGCAGUGAUGAUAGCUCUUCUGCUAUGUCUGGCUCUGAAGGAUUCCACAGAGGAUCCCCUAGCUCCAGGGACAAUACCUCUGACCAUAUCCAGGCAUCAGCCUUUGAUGCUAUACUUUAUGAGAUCCAAGAGCUCCAGGAAAUCAACAACCAACUUGAGGAAUGCUUUGAAAACUUAAAAUCCUACCACCAGCAAAACUGCGCGGUGAUUUUGGAGGCCCUACAAUUGGAGCAAUACAGGGGUGAAUGUUUAGAGGAACAACUCAAUGACUUGAUAGAACUAUACCAGAGUGAAAUUUUGAACUUGAAAGAGGAACUAGCCAGCAUGGAGGAGAAGACUGCACAUCAGUCUUUGGACAGCGUGACAGAUAUUCAUGAGGCGCUGAAGGCAUGUCAGACACGUCUCUUCAAGAUGGAGCAGCAGCAGCAUGUGAUGCAGCUUCAAGGGUUUGAAAACGCCCCAGCAGGAAGUCUUCUUGGACAACUUAUCAAUGUGCUGCUGGCUGUUAUGGCAGUCAUUCUAGUAUUUGUGUCCACAGUGGCUAACUGUGUCGUCCCCUUGUUGAGAACAUACAUCCGCACAGUUUCUACACUGCUUUUUGUACUCCUCUUUUCCUUCCUCUGGGGCCACUGGGAUGCCAUUUCAGAGUAUCCAGUUUACUUUUUCUGCACUCAACAUCCUGAAAAGGGAGACAAUAAAACUGUCUCAAUGCAAGCAUCACUUUGACAUCUCUUCAGGAGUCUAGUCUGAGCAUAUGACUGGAUAAAUAAGAGUUGGAGGAUUACACUGUGUAAGUUGUGGGUUGGUAAAGUAAAUUCAUGUUUUGAUACAAUUGCUGUCAUCAGUCCCUGUUUACUUCCGUUAAGAAUGUACCACUUUUUGGAUUCUCUGUUCAUCAUGAGAGAAAAACAAGAUUUCAAAUUCAAGGCAAUGCGAGUAAUUAUACACAGUCAUUUUGUGGUUCAAGUAUUUUUCCAAUUUCCUGUAUUUGCCUUUUCACAUAAGUAUGACUGAGUGAAUUAAGUUUAAUGAUAGGCUACUUUAAUUCCCUGUAGCCGUCUGUGCUGCUGUGGUAGGUUAUUAUUAAACACCAAUUCUACUUAAAGCUCCAGUAGUGUCCCGACAAUAGACAUACAGCAUCAUGCUCCAAAUGCAGAAAAUGAAAUCAC